UUAGGAAGAUGGCGGCUGCCCCGCUCUACUGUGUCUGCCGGCAGCCCUAUGAUUUUAACCGGUUUAUGAUCGAAUGCGACAUUUGUAAAGACUGGUUCCACGGCAGUUGUGUUCAGGUAGUGGAGCACCAUGCUGCUGAUAUCGAUGUUUAUCACUGUCCCAACUGUGAGCCCAUCCAUGGACCCUCCAUGAUGAAAAAGCGCAACAACUGGCACAGGCAUGACUACACGGAGCCAAAUGAUGGCACACUCCCCGUGCAGGCAGGAACUGCUGUGUUUGUACAGCAACUCCAGGCCAGGAGCUUUGCCAGUGGCGAUGAGAUUCUGCUGCCGAUGCAUGGGAGCCAGGUGACCCAAUGCUACCUGGAGAGGAAGGGCUUCCAUUACCCCAUUGUGGUCCAUGAUCUGGAUGGACUGGGGCUCAAACUGCCCCCUCCCUCGUUCUCUGUCAGUGAUGUGGAGCAUUACGUGGGUGCAAAUAAAGUCAUUGAUGUGAUUGAUGUCGCAAGACAGGCAGACAGCAAGCUCAAGCUGGGAGAGUUCGUGAAAUAUUACUACCAGCCUGAACGACCAAAAGUGUUAAAUCUUAUCAGCCUGGAGUUCUCUGAUACAAAGAUGUCCAAUUUGGUGGAGGUUCCUGAAAUUGCGCAGAAGAUGUCCUGGGUUGAGAACUACUGGCCUGAUGACUCGUUCUUCCCCAAACCAUUUGUGCAGAAGUAUUGUCUCAUGGGAAUGAAAAACAGUUACACAGACUUCCACAUCGAUUUUGGAGGAACUUCAGUGUGGUAUCAUGUUCUCUGGGGAGAGAAGAUUUUCUACUUGAUCAAGCCGACUAAGGCUAACCUUGCACUAUAUGAGUCCUGGAGCUCAUCACCCAGUCAGAGCGAAGUAUUCUUUGGGGAUAAAGUCGACAAGUGUUACAAAUGUGUGGUGAAGCAGGGAACUACCAUCUUCCUUCCCACUGGUUGGAUCCAUGCAGUACUCACUUCUCAGGAUUCCAUGGCGUUUGGUGGGAACUUCUUGCAUAACUUAAACAUAGGCAUGCAGCUCAGGUGUUAUGAGAUGGAGCGCAGACUGAAGACUCCAGAUCUCUUUAAGUUCCCCUACUUUGAGGCCAUCUGCUGGUAUGUGGCCAAAAACCUUCUGGAGACCCUUAAAGAGCUGCGGGAGGAUAAAUGUCAACCUCGGGGUUAUCUAGUGGAUGGGGUGAAAGCUUUAAUCUCAUCACUGAAGACGUGGCUGAGGAGGGAGUUAACUCAACCCAACAGUGAGGUUCCAGACAAUAUCAGGCCAAGCCGUCUCAUUAAAGCUCUGACCACGGAGAUCCGCUACCUGGAGGAUGAAUCGAAUAAAGCUGAAAAAUCUCAGGGAAGUGCUGAGUGGCCUUUAACACGCUCAUCACUGGAGAAAGGAUAUCAGGUACAGCGGGCCGCUCAAUGGCUACAAGACCAUCAUCAUCACAGCCGCAGACUGCCCUCUAACUUGGAUGUCUUGGAGCUUCACACACUGGAGGUAUUAAAGAGACUGGAGGUCGGGCCUCUUGAGGAGGACCCAGCCUUCAGCUCCAAAGUGAAUGGCAAGUUCAAGAAAGUGUCUUCAGUGUCUGCAGUAGCUGUUGAGGGUAGUCAUGACAAUGCCCUGCGCCUGGUGUUAUGUAAUGGCAAAAUUAUGCGGGAGAGGUUAUCUAUCAGUAGUAAUGUGGCAGCCAAAGAGAGUGGAGUGGAAAUGUUGCAGUAUCAUCAACACGGGAUCAAAUUUGAAAGCCUGCUGAUGUGCCCACAAGAAAAAGUGAAAAAAGAAAAGCGAGAGGAUGAAUUAAGAGUACACUGCACUAUCAAGAAACCAGUCAAUCACGGUCUAACUGUGCAGACAGAACUCAGGACAGAGUCGCCACAUGUAGAGUCUUCAGACAGUGACUCGGAGUCAGAAGCAGAAGAUUCUGCUGAGAAACGCUCAGAGUCAGAGAGUUCUGAGGAAGAGGAUGGAGGAAGCAAGCGAGACUCAGGGAGUUUUGUGGAGCAUCUGAGCGGCCGGCCACACGGCCACCAUAAGCAAGCGCUAAAACGAGAACGUCCUACCUCACCGAGCACAGCUGAUGCCAUUCAGGGCAUGCUGUCUAUGGCGGGGCUGCUGUGUCAGCAGGCAUCAGCAGGGGGCGAUAUUUUACAGCAGCACUGGUGGUCCAGUCAGGCUAACAGUAACUGUAACAGCAACAGCAGCAGUGACGCGUGGGACAGCAGUGAACCCUGUUCGGCACCCCGCAGCCCAGAGGGAGAGGAUGGGAGUCUCGGAGAGGAAUAUUCAUAUAGAGAGAGCUCACUUUCUCCUCCCCUCCACCCCUCCAAAAGACACACCCCCAACCCCACACCCAUCAGCAACCAGGCCACUAAAGGAAAGCGUCCUAAGAAAGGACAGGCGACAACUAAACAGAGGCUUGGGAAGAUAUUGAAAAUGAGCCGCCAUAAAGGCUUAUUCCUGUAGCAUGAUGACGUGUUAUAAAUCAACACAGCUGCUUUUCUUUAUACGCUGGGACUAUUAUCACACACACACACACACACAGUUCUCUUACUCACUGUGCAUGUUUAGGUGACAGGGUAUGUUUAAUGGCUCACUUGUUAUCUUUUUCACAAUUCACGCAAAAUACAACACGUUAUCCAUCAGCGCAGGGAAAAACUGCUUUACUUUGGACAACAUUUCAACAUUAACAGCCAAAAGAUUCAAGAGGAAACACAGAAACGGAUGUUCAGAGGUCCAGAGAGCAGCGUGUAGGAAAACGAGCCGCAAGUGUGUAUCACGGGCUGAGGCCUCUCCUCUCCCCCACCCUACCUCUUACCACAUCUGUAGCAUGAGUGUCCAGGCGCUCGCAGGCUAAGGACAUCUUCCUAGCCCUCUACAGCCCGACACUGUCCUUCAGAUUCCCCUCAAGUCAUUAUCAAUCUGCCUAUUUCUCUCUACUUUGAUCGUCUCAGGCUGAUGUGUGAGCUUUGGAAAUGGUGCUGAACAUUUAUAAAUCCUUCUCCAGUCCCCUCUGCCCCUUUAAGCAAUAAUUGUACAGCAGUGAGUGAUGUAUUGAUGAUUUAGUGGGCCGUACUUUUAGAAUGCAACGGAAGUCCUCUCAUAGUGGAAAGUAUUGGUCAUAACAGUACAGCCAUCAAAAGAAAUCAAAAAGUGGCAAAGAUAUAAACUACAUGAUUUUCUUUUAUUUGACAGUGUUUAUACUACAUUUAUUCUUGGGUGGACAUAAAUAGGCGAUUUAAAGGAAUAUUCUUGGGUAUUUUUUUUAAUAUAAAACGUUCCAAGUUCUCAUUUUGUAAAAACAAAACAUUAGAUUUAAAAGAUGUUUUUACAUGGCUAGUCUGGCAAUCCUUGUAUUGCAGGUGCAUCAGAUUUUGUCAACCUUUUUUAUUUUUUUUUAAUUCCGAAAGCUAUUGAAAUACUGCUUUCACACUGGGAAAAUUGAGGAAAAUACGUUGCCACGCAUUAAUUUGCCUUUGUCACAACCCAGUGGCCACAGAGAUGUACUGCAUCCUGGAGCGCUGCCUCUCAAAUACUGUAUGUGUAGUUUGCGAGGACUAAAUAUGCUUGUCACGUGAUUGACAAUGAUCUUUCGCUCAUUCUGCAUAAUUUAUGUUUGUUCGUUUUAAAAUAUUUUGUUGACUGAACAUCUUAUUUAUUAAUUUCAAAGAUAUAAGGAUUUAUAUUGCAUUGAGUUUCCUGUUUUUCCCUUUGCAUUGGAUAGUUUUGUAAAUGAGUAUAAUUUUGAAUGUUACCGAUUCAAGAGGAAUGCGAUUUUGUUUAGGUUCAGCUUGAUGGAUUUUGUAGUUAACACAUUUAAUGCUACUUAAAAGAAAUUUGAAUGACUUUUCCUGUUAAAUUUACCACUAAAAUAUUAGUGCAAAUUGAGUUUGUUUGAAUCAUGUUGCUUUAUGUUGUCUUUAUGACCUGUUGAAACGGGACAAAAGAAUUUAAGUGGGAACAACAACAAAAAAGUGGUGCUUGUGUGUGAAUUUCUUAGAGAGGCUAUGAAACGUUUUCUCAGGGAACAUCGAACAGGUGACAUCUUUGAAUUCAUCACCAGCACUGUCAUACAAUCUCAUUUUAUACUCGUUUCCACAAAUUUGCCAACAAAUGUAUGUAUUCCCAAUAAUUUUACUUAUUUUAUUUUUUUUGUCUGGUGGACGUAAAUUCCAGAUUCAGAACAAAAUCGUGUCCCGCUGUACAGUAUAUUUAAAAAAUGUUGGACUUUGUGCAUAGAGCAGCACUGACGGAUUUUGAUCAGCUAUUCUUGAUUGUUGUGUAAGAGGUCUGUUGGCUCGAAAAGCAAAUGCACUAUUUUGGAUGACUUGAGUUUGAUAACUGCUAAAACUCAGGCUUUGUUACGGUUUUGAGGUUUGCUCGUGCGCAUGUGUUUUAUGAA